GCAGUUCCCUUCGAACAGAACAUGCGCGCUUCGGAUUGGAAUCUCACUUAAAAUGGCGGAACACCCUGUGAAGUCCACUUCGCAGUCCACUUACGACUAAAUUGAACGCACCCAAACAUAUGUCGUUGCUCUACAAACGAGAAGACUUUAAGAUUGACUAGUUUAACUAGUCGAACAAUUCAAAAUCAUGUCGAAAGAAAUCUACAAUAUCAUUAGACUAACGGCAGUGGGGGCUGUCGGCUCGGCUGUGUUGAUUCCAUUCGCGAUCGGCGCAGCUGGAUUCACAGUCGCCGGUAUCACUGCAGGUUCUGUGGCGGCCGGUAUGAUGUCAUCUGCGGCCAUAGCUAAUGGGGGCGGUGUUGCAACAGGAAGUUUAAUCGCCAUCCUCCAGUCAGCAGGUGCUGCUGGGCUGUCUGCAUCUGCUACAGCAGGUUUGGCAUCGGUGGGCGGGGCUACAGGUGCUGUUUUGGGUGGAGCUGUGACGUUGUUGAGGAGGAUGAGAAAAUGAAAUUAUGAGGGACAUACUGGAGUUCCAGAGGUGCUUCUCAAUUCCUGUUUGUGCAUAUUGUUUCUUUUCCUUGCAUCAUUGCCUUGCCUCUCAGCUCCAAUCCAUUCACGAUGCAAUGCAAGAAUAGGCUACACCUGCGUGUAUCCUCGAUCAUUACUGUUUGGGAAACUUCUUCACUCCUCACUGUGCUAUUGGAGCAUUGAGGAGUCCUUUGAGAUGACUGAGCUCAAUCGGUUUUCAGGUCUAAGGAGCAAGGAAAUUAGGUCAAUUCAGAUUUAAACAAAUAACAUUAUUCUGCUUGUCAGCUUUCUUGGCAUUCAGCAUCAGCUUGUGUUGUGUGAGUGGACAUGCAUUUGAAAUGUGUCUGUAGUGUAAUAAAAACAAUUACAAAGUA